AUUUUAUGUUUAGUUAUUUAUGUGUGUAAACCUACACACGUAAUUUUCAAUUUAUAAAUUUAUGUUUACGGAACAUUCAGAGUUGAUUUAAACCGCAUUUUAGUGUUCAGCAGUGUUUUGUAGCAGUUAAACAAGCUGUGCAACUAAAUUAAAAAAUCAGUGUUUAAAUAAUCAAAGAACAAUGGUUAUGAGUAUGAUAAGAAUUUGUAAUAUUCUUUUAUUUGUGCUGAUUCUAAUGUUUAUGUUUAAGUUAGUGGUAAUAGAAAGUACAGUUUCAAAGAAACUACAAAUCGGCAUUAAGAAAAGACCUGAGGACUGUUCCAUGAAGAGCCGCAAAGGAGAUCUUUUGCAUAUGCACUACACUGGCACUUUAGAUGACGGUACAGAAUUUGAUAGUUCAAUUCCUCGAGGUAACCCCUUAACCUUCAAACUUGGUUCUGGUCAAGUUAUUAAGGGUUGGGAUCAAGGGCUACUUGGAAUGUGCGAAGGAGAACAACGUAAACUUGUCAUUCCACCAGAAUUGGCUUAUGGUUCAGCUGGAGCACCACCAAAGAUACCAAAGUCUGCUACUCUUACUUUUCACGUAGAAUUGGUGAAAAUUGAAAGAAAGGAUGAAUUAUAAUUGUUUCAACUGACAAAUACAUAUACAUGUUUUGAACUGAA